CUGUACCACAUUCUUCUCUGCCUAUGAAUACCCACCCAACACACCUUACCCUCUCUUCUCCUAUCCUCUUCCCUUUUGUGCCUCAUCUGCACCCAAUUCUUCUCUGCCUUUCUUCCUCUUCUCCUUCAUAGGAGUCUCUUACUCUCUAGCAGCUCAGGUGUUUCUUGUCUUGAUCUAGGAAAAUGAAUUGCUAUGCCUACUAUGGUUACCAACAGAACAACACCUUGACAAGCUGUGAGGAGAUGAGGAUGGAAUCAGUGGUUUGUCCUAAGCCUCGUAGAAUGAGUCAGUUAAACCACUCUUCCAUGAACAACCAAAUCAGACCCUCUAGGCGCCCCAUGGGCUACCAAUCUGAGAUUGAAGAUUCAGGAGUUGGGGCAGAGCUUCUGGACAUCAUCCUCCCCAAGGAUAGCUGCUAUCCUGAGAGUGACAGAUCCGGGGAGUCGCCGUUUUUCUGUGGAUCUCCACCUAGCAGGGCCUCAAACCCUGUGAUCCAAGAUGAGCAAUUUGGUAAUGGGAAUUUUAGUCCAUUUGCCGUGGCAUCCGCUUCGCCAUCCUCUUCUUCAGCCCGAGGCUGUGUUCCAAUGAAAUUUGGCAACACACCGGCUGUUGUGAGGAUCGAAGGUUUUGACUGUCUUACAAGAGAUAGGAGGAGCAACCGUAGCAUCUCUGCGGUAGCCUAAUCCAUUUUUGAUAGAAAGAAGAAAAGAGAAAACCAAUACCAAGAGGCAGAGAAAAAAGAAGGUUAGAGGAUUGAAGUUAAUCAAUCAUUCAAUUAGCAGAGGGGUCUUUUUUGUGUUUUUAUUUUGGAAAGAGGAGCUAAUCUUAAUCCAAUGUUGUUAGAGCACUGUAUGUAUAUAACUGGUCUUUGUGGUCUUUCUAGUUGUUGCUCAUGAGUCAUGAGCAUGCUGUCUUGUAUAAUUGAGAUGGAGAGUCAUCAAUAAAAGAGGACAAAGCAUGGUAAGAAAAAGGCAAGCAAAGCUGCUUUGUUCUAUCAUGUUAGUUUUGUGGAGGGUCUUUAGUUUUUAUGUGUCUCUCAGAUCCUCCUUCUGUAAUUGUAAUUUGGAGGAAAUUGAGGAUGAAUCCUUGGAAUUUUGUACAUUAUCAUUGUUAUCAGUUUUUGUGGGUGCCCUUUUUGAAGGCGUUGCCUGUUUGAUAAUCUCAAAGAAAGUUGUUUAUAGAAA